AUGCGAGCAUCUUGGUGGAUCUGGGCUACAUUCCUCCCCACGGCCGUCCUAUCGAUAGACACAGCACCCUUCACCUCACCCGAAGAUGCCGAGACCAGCAGACGAGCCUACGAAGUCCUUCAAAUCCUAAAGCGUGACGAUAAUUGUCCUAGUGGAUAUAAUGCGUGUACGAACGAGGGAAACUCCAACGCCUGCUGCGUAAAGGGAACUACCUGCACCAAGGACUCCGCAGAUAACAUCGCCUGCUGCCCGACCGGUGCAAGCUGCACAGGCAGCCUGACUGCCACCGCGACCGCGACCGCGACCGCGACCACGACCGGCACCACAGAAACGGGAAGCAGCUUUGUAUUCCCACAAGGAGCGACCGCGACAACUACGGAGUCCGGCUCGGAGACCGCGUCUACAGUCUCGGGCGCAUACCCGUUCGUCUACGUGCCGACUAGCUUCGCUAAUGCGAAGACGUGCUCUUCUUACUACUCCCAAUGUCAGUCGGAGUAUACGGACUGCACGCAGGCUCUCAUGGGCCGCUACGGAGUGACGGUGGGUGGAUCCGACGGAGGCGUGACGGUGGAGGCGGUCACCGCAACGUCGGAGGCCACGUCUAUCUGCUCAAGUUUGAGCGUAAAUGCCUGUCAUGGGUUAAGUCUUGCUUAUUGUGCUUCGGUGGAGACUGCGACGGCGACGGAUGCUAGUGGGAACGGGGCUUUGCCUGGCCGGACCUCGAGUCUAAAUGAUUUGGCACUAGGGCUAGUUGUCGGAGUUGCUGGCAUGUUUGUUUAA